CUGACCCAGCAUUCAUUCAAAAAAGUCUCCUGGGCCAUGAUGGCAGUGAAGUGGACUGGUGGACAUUCUUCUCCUAUUCUCUGCCUGAAUGCAAGUAAAGACGGGCUAGUGGUUUCUGGAGCAGAGGGUGGAGAUCUCGUGGCUUGGGGUGAAGAUGGUACUCCUUUAGGACACAUGCAUUUCCAAGGAGCUGAUGAUGUUACCAGUGUCUUAUUUUCUCCCUCCUGCCCCACCAAGCUCUAUGCGUCACAUGGAGAAACCAUUAGCAUACUGGAUAUCCGGUUGCUCAAAGAUUCCCUGGACCAUUUUCAUGUGAAUGAAGAAGAAAUCAAUUGUCUUUCAUUGAAUGAAACUGAAAACCUGCUGGCUUCUGCUGAUGACUCUGGGGCAAUCAAAAUCCUAGACUUGGAAAAUAAGAAAGUUAGCAGAUCCCUGAAGAGACAUUCCAAUAUCUGUUCUUCUGUGGCUUUUCGACCUCAGAGGCCUCAGAGUCUGGUGUCAUGUGGCCUGGAUAUGCAGGUGAUGCUGUGGAAUCUUCAGAAAGCCCGGCCACUCUGGAUUACAAAUUUACAAGAGGAUGAAACAGAAGAAAUGGAAAGCCCACAGUCACCUGGUCAGCUCUUAAACCCUGCUCUAGCCCACUCUGUCUCUGUGGCAUCAUGUGGCAAUAUUUUUAGUUGUGGUGCUGAAGAUGGUAAGGUUCGAAUCUUUAGGGUGAUGGGAGUCAAGUGUGAACAAGAACUGGGAUUUAAGGGCCACACUUUGGGGGUGUCCCAGGUCUGCUUUCUGUCAGAAUCUUAUUUACUGCUUACUGGAGGGAAUGAUGGGAAGAUAAUGUUAUGGGAUGUGAGCAGUGAAGUUGAGAAAAAACAGAAGAGUCCUGCAAAACAGAACCACAGAAAGAAAACUAAAAGAGCAACUAACACCAAGCAGGGUGGAAACAUUAAUGCUUCAGUAACAGACAAGGAAGAACAUGGCAAAAUUUCACCAAAGCUAAAUAUUGAACAUGGAGAAAAAGUGAACUGGCUCUUAGGUACAAAAAUUAAAGGACAUCAAAAUAUAUUAGUAGCUGAUCAGACAAGUUGUAUAUCUGUAUAUCCCUUAAAUGAAUUUUAAAUCCAAUAAAAACUGUGGUAAAACUGUUUCAGAUUAAAAAAAAAUUCUGCUUCACUUAAUCUGUUUAUC